UAUCGUUGGGAAAUUGUCUGAAGACAAAAGUUUAAAGGAUAAAAAAUGAUGCGUUUUGUUGUCAUCUUGUGGUUGAUGCUGGCCGUGACUCUUAAAUUGGCCAUCAAAUCGGGAUGGAACAAAAAGUUUGAAUUUUGUGAAGAUAAAUGGAAUGUGUUUGUUCAAGAAAAAAAUAAAUUGGAAGAAAGGUGCGGAAAUUUGUCUUUAACUAAUGGUUGCAUCGAAGAGAAAAAUUAUCUUUUGGAACGAUUCAGGAUGUUCAGUGAAAUUUGUCCACUUGAAGGUAAAUGUUGGUGUGCAAAGAAUGUCGUGAACAAAACGCUCCAAGGUUGGAAACGAGUAGCAAAUAUAUCUUGGAGUGAACCGGAAAACUUCACUUGUUCUCAUAAAUACAUAAAAGAAGGAGAGGAAAAGCCGAACAUUAGUUCUCCACAGUCGUUCUUAAUAGGACAGCACGAAAUUCCGUACAAGCACUUUCUGUAUGGUGGAAAAACUUCAACAUGCUAUGUUCAUAUUAACAUUAACAUAACUGCGUACGGUUGGGGCGGUCAAAAGCGUAUUCCCAUACAGAGAUCGAGCUCGGUGGAUCUUGCUCGGCAUCGUAUUGGCAGCGGAAGCGCGUUAAAUUCGUCACAGGAGGUUUCCUUGCUUGGAGCCAAAUCUCGACUGCUUGGGUCAUACACAAAUCUAACGGCAUGCUGA